GUGCCGAGCCGCGCCGAGUCCUCCGCCGCCGCAGCGCCUCCGCUCCGCCAGCUCCGCCCGCUCCGCCCGCUCCGCCGGCUGCAGUGGGACUCUCCGAUCCGCGAGGGCGCGGCGCGGCCCGGCGGCGGCUGGCUCGGCCUCGGCGGCCCCCGGGCCCCGGUCUCCCACUUAGCCACAGCUCCGGCAUCCUCUGUGUGGGCUGGUCACCAACUGUACAACCACCAUUUCACUGUGGACAUUACUCCCUCUUACAGAUAUGGGAGACAUGGGCGAUCCACCAAAAAAAAAACGUCUGAUUUCCCUAUGUGUUGGUUGCGGCAAUCAAAUUCACGAUCAGUAUAUUCUGAGGGUUUCUCCGGAUUUGGAAUGGCAUGCGGCAUGUUUGAAAUGUGCGGAGUGUAAUCAGUAUUUGGACGAGAGCUGUACGUGCUUUGUUAGAGAUGGGAAAACCUACUGUAAAAGAGAUUAUAUCAGGUUGUACGGGAUCAAAUGCGCCAAGUGCAGCAUCGGCUUCAGCAAGAACGACUUCGUGAUGCGCGCCCGCUCCAAAGUGUACCACAUCGAGUGUUUCCGAUGCGUGGCCUGCAGCCGCCAGCUCAUCCCCGGGGACGAGUUCGCGCUGCGGGAGGACGGGCUCUUCUGCCGCGCGGACCACGACGUGGUGGAGAGGGCCAGCCUGGGCGCCGGCGACCCGCUCAGCCCCCUGCACCCGGCCCGGCCGCUGCAAAUGGCAGCCGAGCCCAUCUCCGCCCGGCAGCCGGCCCUGCGGCCCCACGUGCACAAGCAGCCCGAGAAGACCACCCGCGUGCGGACGGUGCUCAACGAGAAGCAGCUGCACACGCUGCGGACCUGCUACGCCGCCAACCCCCGGCCCGACGCGCUCAUGAAGGAGCAGCUGGUGGAGAUGACGGGCCUCAGCCCCCGCGUGAUCCGGGUCUGGUUCCAGAACAAGCGGUGCAAGGACAAGAAGCGGAGCAUCAUGAUGAAGCAGCUCCAGCAGCAGCAGCCCAAUGACAAAACCAAUAUCCAGGGGAUGACAGGAACUCCCAUGGUGGCUGCCAGCCCAGAGAGGCACGACGGCGGCUUGCAGGCAAACCCGGUGGAGGUGCAGAGUUACCAGCCACCUUGGAAAGUACUGAGUGACUUCGCCUUGCAGAGUGACAUAGAUCAGCCUGCUUUUCAGCAACUGGUCAACUUCUCCGAAGGAGGGCCGGGCUCCAACUCCACGGGCAGCGAAGUGGCCUCCAUGUCCUCGCAGCUCCCGGACACGCCGAACAGCAUGGUGGCCAGCCCCAUCGAGGCGUGAGGGGCGUUCACGCAGACGCGUUUGUCUUGUUUUCCCCGUUGGAGACGGUGGGAACGUAUAAUGUUGAACUCUGGAAAGAAAAGUAUUUAACGACCCAGUCCGCGAGAGCUGAGUUGAGAAGUGAAUGCUCCAGGAAGUGCACGAAGUCUGUUUGAAUGACAAGGUAAUAUGGUAGCAACACUGUGAAGACAAUCAUGGGAUUUUACUAGAAUUACAACAACCAACAAACACCCGAACCCAACAUAACGCUAUCCAAUGACCUUAGGAGUACUGAAGGAGGAAAAAACAAAAACAAAAAAAAGACGUUUUUGAAACGUAGAGGAUUUUAUAUUCAAGGAUCUCAAAAAAAAAAGCAUUUUCAUUUCACUGCACACCUAGAGAAAAGCAGAAAUAGGGAUUUUGCAGACCACCCGAUUCCGAACGGUGCUGUUUCCGUACUGGUCGUUGGCUUGCCCACCGGGAGCUGCAGCGGAGGAGCAGGAGGAGAAGCCGGCCCCCUGGCUGAAAGCGCCCUUUCAGGAAGGUGGGGCCGCGACGUCGGUGUUCUCCAUGUUUUCCGUUGACUUGAACAAGGGGUUAAUUGAAAGCCUGGGUCUCUGAGCAUGUCCUGUAGCUGGUUUCUUUUUUCCUUUUGCCCCUCCCCCAUUUUUUUUUUUUUUGAGAUCCGUCCUCUAUCAAGAAGUCUGAAGCGACUUUAAAGGUUUUUGAAUUCAGAUUUAAAAACCAACGCAUAAAGCAUUGCAACGAGGUUACCUCUAUUUUGCCACAAGCGUCUCGGGAUUGUGUUUGACUCGUGUCUGUCCAAGAACUUUCCCCCCAAAGAUGUGUAUAGUUAUCGGUUCAAAUGACUGUUUUCUCUCUCUGGAAAUAAAGAGGAAAAAAAAAAGGAAACUUUUUUUUUUGUUUGCUCUUGCAUUGCAAAAGUUAUAAAGUAAUUUAUUAUUUAUUGUCGGAAGACUUGCCACUUUUCAUGUCAUUUGACAUUAUUUUUUUUUGUUUGCUGAAGUAAAAAAAAAAGAUAAAGGUUGUACCGUGGUCUUUGAAUUAUAUGUCUAAUUCUAUGUGUUUUGUCAUUUUUUUUCUUAAAUAUGUGAAAUCAAAGCGCCAUAUGUAGGAUUAUAUCUUCAGGACUAUUUCACUAAUAAA